AUGUUUUUGUACUCUGGGUUUUCGCUCAAUAACCUAGGACAAUAUGACGCUUGCAAUGAUAUGGAAGGCACUAAGUACCUUCUAAUUAUGAUUUAUCCUUUUCCAGUAAUGGGAAUGGCACUAUGCGGACCAGAAGUGUGCACAAUUGAAGACUAUGAAAAAAUGCUGAAUGGUCAAUUUGCAUUAUCGUCAGUAAUGCCAGACAUUCAUGCUUUACGUAGCAAUCUCACAGCAAGCAUCAAUUUUCCUAUGAUUUUUCCGAAGGAGUAUAUAGAUGACAAUUUUGAAGACUAUUCAGCUGGGGUUAUACUUAUGAUUCUUUUUAUUUCUAUAGUAGCAACAGUGUGUAUUAUUGCGACCAGUGUUGACUUUUAUAUGAGCACUGUUACAAAAAAUCAAGGAAAACAGCCAAAUAGUGUCCCUAUAGUUAUUAAAUAUCUCUUGUGUUUCUCAUUUAUGACAAACUUCCAAAAGCUAUUCACAAGCCGAAGCCAAGAAAAACUUGGAAAAAGAGACACUUUGGACAUCCUUAAUGGAGUAAGAGUUAUGUCAAUAGGCUGGGUUAUUUAUGGCCAUGUCAUUUUUUUCUCCUGGACCCAAGGAGUUCUAGUCAACGCAUCAGAUAUAAUCAAUUUCUUAAAAGGGCCAACCACAGUGGUUCCUUUAUCCGGAACUUAUGCUGUUGACUCCUUUUUUUGGCUUUCCGGGCUAUUAGUAGGCUAUUUAUUAAUCCUCGAAAUAAAUAACUCCAAAAAAAUGAACUGGCCAAUGGUCUAUAUUCACCGUUACCUUAGUCCCCCUCCCUAGGUUAUUUUUUUUUUUAAAAAAAUUUAUAUAUAAAUUAUAGAAAAAAAUUUUCGAAAUUUGAAAAAAAUCCUAUUUGAAAGCAAAUAUUAAUUUAAUUUCUAAAAUAUAUGUUUUUAAAUCGCAAUUUGUUUUAAAAUUAAAUAAAUUAAUAGAGAUUUCAUUAUAGUAAGUAUUAUAUCAAAAAUUUUUUCGCUCAUGGAGGCGGAUUUUGGGCAAAAAAUAGGGAUUUUUCUAAUGUUUUUCUUUGCUAAUGGAGGGGGGAGUCAGGAUAAUUCCUUUAUAUAUGUUUGUAUUGCUAUUUUUUUGGGCUUUACAAAAACAUAUAGGAGGUGGUCCGCUUUGGUUUGAAGGCGACAACAUUAAUGCUGGUUGCAAAAAUCAUUGAUGGACAAAUCUAUUAUUUGUCAAUAAUGUUGUGCCAGAUUGGAAAGGAAGCAGCUGCUUAAACCAAAGCUGGUACUUGGCCAAUGAUAUGCAAUUUUUUAUUCUAACUCCGCCGAUUCUUUAUAUAUACCAUAAGUACAAUAAAUAUUUCGGCUGGGCUGUCCUGUGGGCUUUGACUGGGAUUUCGAUUUUGGUAACAGGACUAAUAGCGCAUCAUUUUACACUGAAUGCGAUGCCUACUGCACAAAUCAAUGGGAUUAACUAUUUUCAAUAUUAUUAUAACAAGCCGUAUUGUAGAGUAGCUCCUUAUAUCAUGGGAAUCAUUACUGGGCUAGUGAUUUAUGCUUAUAGAGCUUACAAAGAUAAAAAAAAUUAUUAUGACCCUGUUUCCAUUUGGAUUGGAAAUAAACUUGAAGACCCACUCAUUAGAUAUGUAUUUGGCUUCAUCGGGCUUAGCCUCAUAUCAAUCCUAGUGUGGGUUCAAUAUGAUACCUUGGAGUAUCCAGGCACAUUAAUGGAAUACUCUCAUUGGUCCCAUUCCCAAAAUGAAGCAUUUGUCACUCUUUGUAGGCCUCUCUUUGGCUUAGGACUGACCUUGUUAUUGCUCCCAUCCUUGCUUGGCCAUUUUAAUUUCAUCACAUGGGUUCUUUCCUGGGACAUAUGGACACCUCUUGCAAGACUGACCUUUGCAGUCUAUUUAAUCCAUGUGAACGUCAUUGUAAUUUGUUAUGGAAGCCAAAAAGCAUCAUACAUGCUUGAUGAUUUUACUGUUGUAAAAGAUACCAUUUUUUACUUUGUGGUUUGCUAUAUCCUGGCAUUGCCUUUUGUGCUUAUGAUUGAAAUGCCAGCACUUGCGGUAGAGAAAAUGGCGUUUUUAAGGGCAAGAGCGAAGCCAAAUGUGGAGCAGGAAAAUAAGUCAGUAUUAUUGCUGCCGGUAGAAGGAAAGAAAGAAGCUAAUUAG